CUAAACAGCCUGAUGUUCCGGAAAGAGUAAGUAAAGUGAUAUAUUUAGGCGCAACAGAUUUUGGCAACUUCUACCAACAGGCAUCAGAUGUUUCAGGGUCAGUUAGGACUGUAAAAGACACUCAACGCACCCGGUUUAAACACAGUUUAAUCUGGAAACCGCGUGGAGAAGUCAAUUAAAUGAUGACCGCUAAAACUUUAGAGAAGGUCCCGGUGUCUCUAGGGGGGUUUGUGCACCCUCUCUCUGAGAAUAUCUACUCUGUGGAUCAUGAAAGUCUGCCGCCCGGGGUGGCUAUCUUUCCCAACGCCGAUUUAGGAGGCCAUUAUCAGGACCAUCAUGGAGCACCAGAUGGAUUGAUGAGUGGCGAUAUGAGCUCAGAUAAACGCUCUCUGGACUUAUCUUACUCCAGCUUCUCCCAGCCGCCAAACCACCGGAACCAGACUUUUACAUACAUGGGAAAGUUCUCAAUCGACUCCCAGUAUCCCGGUAACUGGAACCCCGAGGGCGUCAUCAACAUAGUGAGCGCGGGGAUCCUGGGCAUGACCCAGCCCUCCUCUGCCUCUUCCUCCCCCGCGUCCUCCGGCUCUCCCGGACAUUUCUCCUCCACACUCAGCUGCACCAUGGCCCAGCAGAACCAGGCCGAGAUGGAGCACCACAUCUACUCUCCCCCGCCUCCCUACUCCGGCUGCGGAGAUGUCUACCAGGACCCAUCAGCCUUUCUCUCAACCUCCACCUGCCCCGGUAUCUCCUACCCGCCUCCGUCCUACUCUUCCCCCAAACCCACCACAGACUCGGGCCUCUUUCCCAUCAUCCCGGACUAUGCGGGAUUCUUCCAGCCGACUUGUCAGCGGGACAUGCAGGCGAUGCCUGACCGCAAGCCGUUCACCUGCCCACUGGAUUCAUUCAGGGUACCACCGCCUCUGACUCCGCUAAACACUAUUAGGAACUUUACAUUAGGUGGGCCGGCUACUGAUGGACCCAGACUCCCAACGGCGUACAGUCCCCAAAACCUUCCCCUGAGACCUAUUCUGCGCCCUCGAAAGUACCCCAACCGCCCGAGCAAGACCCCGGUCCAUGAGCGCCCAUACCCCUGUCCGGCAGAGGGAUGUGACCGUCGGUUCUCUCGGUCUGACGAGCUAACCAGACACAUCCGGAUCCACACGGGACACAAACCGUUCCAGUGUCGGAUCUGCAUGAGGAACUUCAGCCGCAGCGACCACCUCACCACACAUAUUCGCACGCACACAGGGGAGAAGCCGUUCGCCUGUGAUUUCUGUGGCCGCAAAUUUGCGAGGAGUGAUGAGCGCAAAAGACACACAAAGAUUCAUCUCAGACAAAAAGAGAGAAAAUCGUCCAUGACAUCAUCAAACAACACGAACUCUGAUCGCCCCAGUACCGGUCCUAUCAGCACGUCAACCGGAGUCUGCUCUUCCAGCACAGGCCAGCUUGCCGGAUGCACCUCGCGGACGGUAUAACACACGUAGACAACACGUUUAUGGAAUCCUUUACUCUGGUAAACUAAAGACUGUAGUGACAGGUUGAAUUAUGGGGAAACGGCGAGUUCUAAACACAGAAAAUAACUUUAAAUUUAUUGAAAAUCCUUCUACUUCAUGCGUAAAUGCGCAUCAAACAUUGGACUGAAACAGUUUUCACUACUGGCCAUCUCAAUUUGGUGCCUGAGAGAAACUUACUUUGUUUGCAUCGCCUACUGAAUUAUUACAAUUAACAAUAGAUACAUUAACUCAUGACAGCCUAUUAUCAAAAAUGUUCUAGAUUAAUACCAUGCACGUUUAAACUGAUGAAGCGCCAGUAUGCUUCAUGGUAACUAGGCUGCAUGAAAAGUAAAUAUUUGCAAUAAUUUUAAAGGCAAAAUGUUUUAAAUUAUUUACUAGAAAAAAAUGUGUCCAUUAUAACAUGUCUGUUGAUUGUAUUUCCUCCUGUUGUGCCUUGUUCUACAUGCUCCUUUGUAGGCUACAUGUAAGAUGCAAGGACGCUUUAAUGAAAUUGUACAUUUUGACAUUUAAUAUCAAAAUUUGAAUAUAUAUAUAUAUAUUUUUGUACACGUUGUGCUGUGUAACUAUACAGGUGUUGUGGUUUACGUCAAAAACGAGGGAUGUAAAUAACUGAGACUGAAUAAUACCGAGUUGACGUUUGUUUUAUGUGAAUGUUUCAGACUCAUAUUACAUGUUAUUGGUGAUAAAAAGCUGUUAAUGGCCUUUAGGAAAGGCUUGGUUAUUUCUUGUGAACUAAAAAACAAAUAAAGUAAAACUCAGAACAACUUGAAUAUAAUGUUAUUAUUGGAAAGUGGAGCACGUGGGUGGAUAGGAGGGUAAUUCCCGUGUAAUGUCAGUUUGAUGAGUCAUGCUUCACAAGGCUGUUUAUGCUCCCACUCACCGUAUGUGAUCUGAUGAUGAUAUGCUGUUAUGCUACACAAACACUACAGCUACACAAACAUUAAAACUAAAAAUAUCUGACCAGCAAAUUACAUUCUGUAUUUACAAACAUUUUCCAUGAAACUAUAGAAUUGUAGUGAUUUUCGAAUUUGGGAAAUUCAGAACCUAUGAACAGUUAAACA